CCUGGUCCUGCCAGCGGAAGUUGCAACAGGACGCAUACGUGCAGCCGCGGCACCGAACACACCGAACACACUCGUGGUUCCGCAGCAGCUGUUUCAAACCUCACCUGUGGACCCAAAGUCUUCAGAGGACCGAAGACAACCCAGCUGUGGGUCUCCCUGUGCGGCAGAAUGGCCAGUGUGGACCAGGUGGCGGCGGUGGGACAGGUUCUGGUGGACCCUGGAGUGGACCUGACCCGGCGCUUCAGAGCCUUAUUCACCCUGAAGAACCUGGGAGGAGCUGAAGCUGUCGACUGGAUCAGUAAAGCCUUCACUGAUGACUCGGCCCUGCUGAAGCACGAGCUGGCUUACUGCCUGGGACAGAUGCAGGACGUCCGGGCCAUACCCCCUUUGACUGCAGUCCUCAGAGACACACAGCAGGAACCCAUGGUCCGCCACGAAGCAGGGGAGGCUCUGGGAGCGAUCGGUGAUCCUGUGGUUCUGGACCUACUGAAAGAGUACAGUCAGGAUCCUGUUAUAGAGGUGGCGGAGACAUGUCAGCUGGCUGUGCGGCGGCUGGAGUGGCUGCAGGCUGGAGGAGACACACAGUUGGACGAUGGCAGCACCGAUAACAACCCGUACUGCUCCGUGGACCCGGCCCCUCCAGCCCUGAGGAGGAGUGUGCCCGAGCUGCGCUCCAUCCUGCUGGAUGAAAGUCUGCCAUUGUUUGAACGCUACCGUGCCAUGUUUGCCCUGCGUAACCUAGGCAACGAGGAGGCGGUGCUGGCACUGGGAGACGGCCUGCAGUGCUCCAGCGCUCUGUUCCGUCAUGAAAUCGGCUACGUCCUGGGGCAGAUGCAGCACCCGGCGGCCGUCCCGGCCCUGCGCGCCGCUCUGGAGCGCUCCGGGGAGAACCCCAUGGUCCGACACGAGGCGGCAGAGGCUCUCGGCUCCAUCGGUCGAGAGGAGUGUCUGGCUGUGCUGCAGCGUUACCGUGGAGACGGAGAACGCGUGGUCAAGGAGAGCUGCGAGGUCGCUCUGGAUAUGCUGGAGUACGAAAACAGCGAGCAGUUCCAGUAUGCAGACGGACUGGUCCGGUUACAGGGUUAAAGGCUCCGUCAACACGGCUGCUACCCCAGCCAGCAGAGAGAAGAGCUUUGCGGUAUGAAAGAUACUCUGCACACAAACGUGCAGCAGGCGGUGAGAGCGUAGCACCUACGCUCAGAUUCAGGCUGGAGGUAGGAGAAGUGACGGAUCCAUUCACAGGCUUUUCCUCUGAAGGCGUGUUUCUGUCUUGUGUUUGUGUCUGAGCUGAGUGACAGUCCUACAGAGUGGACUCAGAGAGAACUAAAGGUUCUGAUCCAGGCAGCUGAUCACUUCUUUCUGCUCUCACACACACAGAUAAAAGCCAAAGAUCUAUCUGGAUGUUGGUCCAUUCUAAACUUGUAACUGCUACAGAGAUCAACAGCGUAAACCAUUAGUAAAACCUCAUUCCCUCAUGCUCCUCCGAUUGCUCGGUUACUAGAUCACUGCAGGUUUUUGUAUCUUGUAUUCAAAUUGAUCCUGUUUGUCGAAUUAAAAACGAUGCUGUAUAUAUUCA